UGUAAACAUGACAUACUUGUGUAAUCUUCAAAUCAAUAUCGUAACUUACACGUAGUAAUAAAACUGAAACGAAAGUGUUGCAUUUUAUAAUAGAAAAAUGUAGGAAGUUUACAACACAAACCAUUGGAAGAUAAAUACUAAUGCACUACAGAAGACAUGGCUGCUGAAGAAACUAUAAAUCAGACGUGCGAUCCUUGUAAAUUUAGAGGAGUAGACUCAAGUAGUGUGAAGUAUUGUAAAACAUGUCAGGAGCAGUUGUGUAAAGGUUGUGCAGAUGUACAUAAAAGUAGUAAAGCAACCAGGAAACAUUUUCUCGUAAAUAUCAAAGACAUAAACGUAAAUUCUGUAACUGGAAUUGCAUUAGAAGUGCUUCAAAGAUGUAUUAGUCAUCCGCAAAAACUUCUAGAAUUCUUUUGUGUAGAACAUAAUCAUUUGAUAUGUAGCACGUGUUUAUUGCUGCAUCAGUCUGACAACUGUACGAAUGUAAUUGAAGUUGCUAAGGCGGGUGAAGCUCUUUUACAAAGUACAUUUACCGAGAAAGUGAAAGCUGAUUUGCAUUCAGUAAAAUUGAAACUGGAACAAGACAAAAACAGCAUAAAACUUCAGCAGACGGCCACAAAAAAGGCACACACUUACAUUAAAGAAAUGCUGUGUGAAACAAGAGCGAAAUUGUUCCACCACUUUCACAAGUUAGAGAACGAAAUAUUGACUAAAGUACAGUCAGACGAAUUAAAUGAAAAUAAAGAACUUGAAAUUCUCCACGAAAGAAUUAACGAAAUGCUUGUACGACUAAGUGAUACUUCAUCAGUGUUUCAAAGUGCCAUUGAAAAUGGUUCAGGAUCUGAUAUAUUCAGAUGUAUCUUGCUUAUUGGUAACUACCUUGAAGACUGUGAAGCAAGACUGGAUAUGAAGAAAACAACGAUAGGAAUAUGCCAGCACUCGAUUAAAUUGUCAACAGCAUUGCAUUUACUUUUGAAUGAAAAUAUUCGUAUGAUGGAAAGAAGUGAAAGGCAUUAUCAGUUUUUCAUAUCAGAAUUUCCAUCACUUCAAAUGAGUUUCAGUGAGGUUCUUAAAAUCUCAAGCAGAAGUGAUUUGUGCAUUGACAGUAACAGUAGGAUAAGUGACAGUGACAUUGAAAGUACAACUCGUGGUCAAUGCGUUGACAGCAAUAAUGAUUGCAAGUUUGAUCCGAACGUUGUAAGGCUUAGUGGAGAAGAUAUAUACAUAGCUUGCGACAUGGGAAAUAUGCAACAUUCUCACGAUUUUCUUCCAACCAGUCAUAAGACUGCUCAACCGAACCCCUUAAUGAUGAAUAUGUCUGCUUUGUGUUCUAUUCAACCAACAGUUGGUCCAUUAUUUCUUCCUUACCAGCCGCCUGUGCUUAUGCAAAGUGUAAGACCACUUUUUGACAUGGGAAUGCAACCUUGUCCUCCCCCAUUUACACAUUUUUCUCAUUUUUGUCACCAACAUCCUCCUCCUACUGUGCCUACAAAUAUACAAGAUUACCAUUCUGCCACGCGAUAUGUUGAAUUGAACAAAGAAACUAUACCUCCAAAUGAAGUCCAUACGUCUCCAGUUACAAAAGGAAAAACAGAUCACACGUUUAAUUCACAAAUGAGAAAUGCAAAAAAGGAAAAGGAAAAAUCUGAAGAAACAAUUCAAGUACUCUCUGAGCAGACCGUUUUGCAACACAAUACUACUGUAAGGACAUUUGUUAAGCCACCAUUAGGACAUAUGGCAUCAAACAAAGACGAAGAUUUGGAGGAACUAGUAAUUUCAAAUCAGCACCAGAAAAAGCACGUUAAAAGGGAAAUCAGCUUGACACGAUCACAACGUCGUAGGCGUAGACGAGCUGGAAAUCAUACCACAGAGUUAACUACAGAUAAUGCAAUAAGUGUGCCAGAUUCAAAAUCGACUGACAAAGACGCAGUUAAAAUAUUUAACGUUUCUGUUGAACAUUCUGACGCAAGUAAGGUUGUUACUAUAGAAGUUAACGAUUCUUCAACAACAAAUGAACUUCCGACUGGAGUAAACGCAAGCGGUGGUAUCCAUUUACCAGUAUAUUUGAAAGAAGAAGUAGACAACUAUCACGACGAAACGUUAAACGAGAGAAAAGAUGCUAACAAAAUAGUGUUAGAGGUAGAAGAGUCUGAUAAUAGUAAAUGCAGUUACUGUGUUGAGCAGGUUACUAAAGACCCACUUUAUUUACGUGAACCUAUCAAGCACACUGUUCAGAUGGGAAGCGAUAGAAAUGACGAGGUUCUUAAUGAAUGCAGGGAAAAUUCAAGUGGUGAGCCAGUCAAGAAAGUGUUAAUCAAUUUAUCUGAACCUAGCAAUCCAGUCAUUCAGACGGAGAGUGAUAGUAGCGAGCCAGUUCUUAACGAAUGCUACAAGUGCACCAAAGAGCCAGUCGAGAACGAGUUCAUCAGUUUGGCUGAACUUACUAUCCAAAUUGUUCAAACGGAGGACGAGAAAGCAAAUUUAAUUCCUAACGAACGUCGUGAAAACGAGAAGGAGCAAGUGGAGAAAGAAAUGAUGCAAACAAAUAUCGAAAAAUGUGAUUGCGAUACAAUGAAGGAUCAGAUGCUUGAAUAUGACAAACAUUUCGAAGGUGCUAUCGCAACAAUUAGGGAUGAUAUCGAUGAUAUCAGUAAAGAAUGCGAACCAGAUCAAGAUGAAAACGUCAGUGAUAUCAGAGAAAGUGUAGGCAUUUCUCUUCCCAUCCAAAGUAAACAUUAUGAAAACAACAGAGAAAUACCGAUUCAUUCAGACAAAAUUAAAUACACAGAAGAGCAUGCGAAGAGGAUUUUUCCUGAGCAAACUGAAGGAAUAAAACAAUCCCAGUUAAUAGAUGCUGAAUUUGAUAUAAAAAGUGAGUCUGUGUUGAAAGUACCAUGGCAAAGAAAGAAGAAGUUUGAUCUGUUUUCAGUAUUGGCACCGUCAAAUGACAGGAUAAUGGUUUGUGACUUCUGCAAUAGACGGAUAAUCAUGCUUGACAAGCAGUUAAAAACUCUAGAUACAUUUCAAUUUCCGAAAAAAAUUGUUAAUGUUAACCUCUUAAAAGGUCAACGCAUAGCCUCGUGCCAUAAAAAUAGAAAUAAAAUUUCUUUGACGGAUUAUUUACCGACUUUCAAACCAGUCAGAGUUUUUAGCGUAGAGUAUUCAGCUAUGUGUGUGCAGUCAGUGGAUGAUACCAACAUGUUAGUUUCUAUGUGCGAUUUUGUCGGACAUUGGCACUUACAUAUGAUGUCAAACACAGGUCAAUUGAUUAAGAAACUAAAACUGAAACGGACAAUUCUAGAUGGUUACAGCAUAGCAGUUAUGUUUUCUGGCACUUUUAGAUUUGGUUAUAGAAUUAUACAGUGUUGUGAGGAGUCAGAUGCUUUGUACUGUUUUGAAAAAGAUGGAAAAGAUAUCUUCAAAUUUAAUGUGCCUUCUCCCAAUUGUGUAGCUGUGCAUGACUCGGGCUAUAUUUUCGUAAUAGACCAUUUUAACAAUAUACACGUGCUAUCUUCAUCAGGACAACGGCUAUACAAGGCAAAAUGCUGCAGUGAUGUUACCAGUAUCGCAAUCACUCCAUCUAUGGACAAGCUGUUGCUGACUAGAUACAAAGACGAUACAGUUACCGUGCUAUCUGUCGUUUCGAAAUUUAAUAAAAAAUCAUGAAGCGCUAACUUCAAAGGUUCAUACCUUUUGCAAAGAAAUAAAAGUCAAACAUUUUUACAAAUACAUUUGGUUACAGUUCAGUGUGUUUAAACAAAGCCUAUCUGCUGCAUUGAAAUUUCUUUAGAAUGUGAUGUUUUAACACAUAACUAUCUAUUAGACUGAGAUUAUUUUUAAUUGUCAACUGUUCUCAAACGCAUUUCGAAAGUUUAAUUUUAUGCGAGUGCAGAUUCAGUUUUUGAACCCUAAUGUAUACUAAAGAUUUCCUUUUAUGAUAAGAAGUGAUCACUUUUAGAAUAAUAGUAUCAUAUUUGGAAAUGGUAAAAUUUAGCUUCGUUUUUAAACUAUUUUCGUUGUAAAAGUCAAAUAUAGCAUACAGAAUCCAGAUGGUGAAAAUUGUUUCAACUGAACACGCUUUUCGUAUGAAUUGCUGUUACAGUGACAUUACGUGCAUAAUCAAUAAAAAUAGAUAGUGUU